AUGGAGAGCCAGAGAGUGCAGUCAUCCUACAGGAAGCGCUUCGGGGGCCAGACGGCCAGCGCCGGGGGCCGCGUCAGCAUGUCCUCCAGCCGCUACACGUUCCACAGCACCCCCCGGAUCUCGCGCCUCUCCGGGGGAGCCUUUCUGCUGGCCGCCGGGACCCCCGACAGGCUGGACUUCUCGGCCGACUCGCUGCUGAAGGCGCAGUACCGCGAGACGCGCACCAAUGAGAAGGUGGAGCUGAUGGGGCUGAACGACCGCUUCGCCAGCUACAUCGAGAAGGUGCGCUUCCUGGAGCAGCAGAACAAGGUGCUGGUGGCCGAGCUGGGCCAGCUGCGGGGCAAGGAGCCCACCCGCCUGGGAGACAUCUACCAGGAGGAGCUGAGGGAGCUCCGCAGUCAGGUGGAAGGCCUCAGCGCGGGGAAGGCCCGGCUGGAGAUCGAGAGAGACAACCUGGCUGCAGACCUGGCCCUGCUUAAGGAGAAACUUCAGGAUGAGAUCAACCUGCGCCUGGAUGCCGAGAACAACCUAAACGGCUUCCGACAGGAUGUAGAUGAGGCAGCAAUGAAUCGGGUCCAACUGGAGAGGAAGAUCGACAGCCUUCAGGAUGAGAUCAACUUCCUGAAGAAGAUCCACGAUGAGGAACUGCGUGAGGUCCAGGAGCAGCUAAUGGCCCAGCAGGUGCAUGUGGACAUGGACAUGUCCAAACCCGACCUGACAGCAGCUCUCAAGGAUAUCCGGGUCCAGUACGAGGCCAUGGCUGCCUCUAACAUGCACGAGACGGAGGAAUUGUACCGAUCCAAGUUUGCAGAUUUAACCGAUGCAGCCAAUCGUAACGGAGAAGCUCUGCGACUGGCAAAGCAGGAAGCAAAUGAGUAUCGCAGACAGAUCCAGGUUCUGACCUGUGACCUGGAAGCACUCCGUGGAACUAAUGAGUCUCUGGAGCGGCAGCUGCGCGAGAUUGAGGACCGCUUCGCCAUGGAGACGGCGGGCUACCAUGACAACGGUGUCCAUCUGGAGGAGGAGAUCCAGGGCCUGAAGGAGGAGAUGGCGCGUCACCUGCAGGAGUACCAGGACCUCCUGAACGUCAAGCUGGCCCUGGACAUCGAGAUCGCCACCUACCGCAAGCUGCUGGAGGGGGAGGAGAGCCGCAUAACUGUCCCAGUACAGAGCUUCUCCAAUCUCCAGAUCAGAGAAUCCAGUAUGGACACUAAGCUGUCCUCUGAUGCCCUAGUCAAGAGGAGCAUCCUGGUACGAACAGUAGAGACCAGAGAUGGGGAAAUCAUUAAGGAGUCCAUGGCAGAGAGGAAGGACAUGCCCUGAUUCCUUGAACACGACGGCUGCAGCAGCUAACCCUCAGACGCUUCCCGCUAACGCUAGAUUGCUGUGACCUUCGCCGACCACCCACUCUAUCCCACUCAUCAUUAUGUCCGCCCAUCUUCCUCUUCACUAUCCUGUACUGUCCCGGGACCUUGAUAUCUUGAUAUCUCCACACAAUGCACUCCUACCCUAAUUGACUAACUUAAUUUUCUAGGAUGCCCCAUAGCAUAAAUGGGGGACAUUUACGUGAGGGCAGUGAGAGUGAGUGAGUGUUCCUGGGGGCAGCAUAGUGAGGCAAGGAGGGCCUUCGUGUUGAGCUGCCCCACUUCAGCAAGUAGCGGGUCGGAUAACGGCGAUGGAUAGUUUGUGUUGAGCCCAUGCAGGGGAGAAGGCUAAUGUAAUAGGAUAUUUUUAUUUACUAAGCAGCGAGACAAGAAAGCAGCCCAAACGAAUCUCCGGCACUGUCAGAAACUGGCAGUACACUUUGUUACUUGCACGUGUUUGUUAGUAGGUUCAAGUAGGUCUUAGGUAGGUGUGACUCCCCUCACAAUUCACUUCCCAGUAUUCGACCACUUUGUAGGAUGAAAGGUCUAACUGAGUUUGGCCUUGUCCCAGGCCUUCACCACCCCACCCCUACACUUUCUCUCCAUCACUGCAUCCACUGCUUCCUCUUGCGGGCAGGUCAGAUCAUUCCUUUACUCCAUUUUCUGUCCCUGCGUGUCUUGUUUGCCUGCAAGAAGGAUUCAUUUGCGAGAGGGUGGAGUGAUUUGUCUUUUGGAGCGCAGUAAAUUCAUGCUAUUAACAUCUAUACAGUGGCAGCUCAGGACCCGGGCGUAGGAGGGUGGGAAUUAUGGAGCUGGGAUGACUAACAGAAGUCGAAAGAUAAGGGUGAUGCCCCUGAUACCCACACACAUUACAUUACAUUGUAGAUGCUCUUAUCCAGAGCAACAUACAUUUGAUUAGACUAAGCAGGAGACAAUCCUCCCCUGGAGCAAUGCAGGGUUAAGGGCCUUGCUCAAGGGCCCAAUGGCUGUGCUACACUGGGAUUAGAACCACCGACCUUGCGUGUCCCAGUCCUUUACCUUAACCACUACGCUACAGGCCGCUACACACCCUUCCCAGACUUCCCAUCCUCAUGGUGAGUGCAUGACAGGCCUUUCUGUAGACCAUCCUCCCAGACACAAAAUAUUUCAAAGGUGUCAGAGGAUGAUAACGGGGAUCUGGGGGUCAAGGUUGACAGACACAGCUUUAAUCUAGCCCUGAGCUGAUGAACUGAGACCACUCAGGCCCUGGUGGUCUCUCCUAGGACCAUAAACUGGUCCCUUUCCUGUUGUGUGUCCCUAGGCAGCUUGCCCUUCAUCAAACACUGCAGUACAGCAUCCUGUAGCAGGGUGCAGUGGAGUGGAGGUUGCUAUAGGUUUCUCUUGGUGCUAUGAACCUCUUCACUUAACAGAUCAAAAAAAGAUAAAUAAAGGUUAGGCCACAUUUUCAGUUUCUAUUAAUUAAUGAGAGGUAGGAUUUAAACAUAUUUCUUAGCUAAUCACUGGCACAUCUUCUCAGAUGACCGUUUCACUUUCUCUCAUUUCCUCUACCUCAAUCCUUUUGGCAUCACAUCCCCCAUUUUCCAUUCACUCAGUCACAGCAAUCUGACUCCUGACUAGGUCAUACUAGACUUCUGCAUCUUCUAGCAAAGCUCAGCGGAAUCUUACUAAGGCGUGUUUUAAAAACAGUAACAAACCAUCAUUCUUAGGUGUGACAACAUUA